AUGGGGGUGCAGAGCAGCGAAGGCCAGGUGAUGCUCUCCUCCAUCGCCCUGCUGCAGCAGAGGUUCAAGGAGCUGGAGAGGAUUAGGGAGAAGCGGGAGGAGAGGCUUCUCCACGUGCUCGCCCCCUGCCCUGCGGCCACCGCCUCCCCGAGGGAGAUGCCCGUGAAGUGGUUCUUCCACCCGGAGCUGCUCUACCCGUGCAGGCCGCUGCGUGACACCACUGCCGUUGUCGCCGCCGCCUCCUUAUUCCCGGCCGUGCCAACCACUGUCUUUGAAUGUAAAAGCUUCCAGCUCCACGGCGAUAGCAACCCCAUCGCGGUGGAGCUGUGGCCUAGUAAGACCUACAACUACAAACAUGUCUCUGGUGAAGCCGACGUCGACACCUCGCUGCACCUCUAG